AUGCUCGCUGCUGAGCAACAGCUCCAUGACCGGCCACCGGCUGUCUCUGUCAUGGCGCAGAGUACUCCACCACAUUCCGCAUACAGCACUGCACGCUCAACCACAGGUGAGUCGAUCCCAGUCCUGAUGACCCGAACAGAAGUUCGAGGCGAAAGCACUCCUGUGGAGACCGAAACAAGUACGCAUGCACUCACUGAACAGCAGAUUCGAGCCAACGAAUUCGUAUCAGCAUGGGAAGGUUAUGAUGCUGCUCAAGUCGCCGUGUACAUGAACAGCAUGGAGCGUUUGUUCUGGCGGCUUACGCUGCAAGUUGGAGAGAAGAAUGCCGAGAAGAUCAUUUCGACGGGACAUCACAUCGGCUUGAAGAAUGACGUCUGCAGCAUCAGUGACUGCUUGGGUUGCUUUCGCCAAUUCAAGAACUCCAGCUUGAAGAAGUUUGCGCUUGCUGUACGCCAUGCUGCUGUCAAGCCUCCUCACACCACAUGGAGCGCAUACUUGCAUCCUUCUGUCGCGACAGCCCUUUCGUCAAUGGGUAUUCCGGAUCCGUCGCUGAAUCAGAUCAUCGUUAUGAAGCACUUCACUGAGCAAGUGGCUGUGGGUCAGGGCAAAGAAGGUCUCAUUGUCAAAGACUCGACCCCAUCCCGCGAGACUGUCGCUCUCCUUGCUGUCGCUGUGAGCACUGCCAUCGAAGCUAGCGAGGGUAUUGCAAAAGUUGAAAAGCAGAUGGGGAUCUCCAAGGACAAUGAAAACAUCGACCCAAGCAACUCGUCUAUCCGCGCAGAUGCAGAAACUGUCUCUCCUCUCAUUAUAGUACUUGCUCCAACGACGGUUCUUGCUGACCUGACCUGCCGCAGCAUCAAGCAGAUUGCUACGCACGGCAGAAUUCUCGUCAGUGCAGAUGUCUUCCGCGAAGGUCAAGGCGAGCGAAGAAGCUGGGACUAUGUCUCACAUCGCGAGGGCCGCAGCUCGUAUCUGCUCCACCAAGUCGACAUCGCUGUUUGCACUCCGGGCGCUCUCAAGAAACUCAUCUGGAACCACACCAUCAGCACUCGUAACACCCGACUUGUCAUGCUUCAAAAUGGCGAGACACUCUUCGAGGUGAAUCUGUGGGGCGGCAACAAGUAUGGCAUGAAGGAGGUCAUGAAGCAGCUGGCGCCAAAGAACUAUCAGACCGUGGUCGGCCAGCUUUGGCCAUGGGUGGAAGAGGUUGUCCCGAAGGACUUCAUGUCCUACUCUAACGCUGUUCGAGUCGUGUUAUCCGCUUCUCAUCUGAUAUCUCCAGAAGUCACGGAUCACAUGAUCGAAGCGCUCAAUCCCUUCCAUCGUGGCUUCGUGAAAGAGGUCAAGUUGUCGAAGACGAUCGGUACGAAGCCAUUGUCAGGUGAGAGCGAGGAUCAGAAGGACAUAGCUGGUGGCAAAGUUGUGCUGGAGGAGAAGGGCUCGAAGGAUGCGGGAGGUCACGCAGAAGAGCGCGCGGAUGAGAUCGCCGGCAAAAUCAGCGAGGAUACGAAGGACACGGCUUGCGGUGGUGAGACACACAUGGGGGAGAAGAGGGAUGGAGAGGAGGAAGGCGACGAUGCAGGAGAGUCUGUGGACGAGACAGGUAGCCAGCUCAGCGAAGACUCAGAUGAUGAAGGCGGUGUCGACAUCCGAGCAUGGCUGUGA